UGCAUAAGUUGCAAACGCAGCACAUACAGAGUUUGAAAACCAGCCAUGGCUGCCAUACCAAAUCUCAACCUCAUACUGGAGGCUCUAUCCCUCAAUCCCAAGCUUCACGGCGCCACGGCAAGCCGUAAGAGGGCGGCGGCGAUCCACUUUGCCGAUAAGAAGGCGCCGGAGAUUCAAGAAAAUCAACCAGAAGUCACCAAAAGAAGAUUAGCAGUAGGGCUUGCUUCAAUCGCAGUUUUCGGAAGCUCGGGCAUAGGGAAGUCUCUUGCCGAGGAUAAUGGCUUUUGGCUCACCGGCCCUUUACCAAUCCCUACAGUCACAAGCGAUAUCACGAAUAAAGAGACUGGCACUCGUUCAUUUGUUAAGAAUCAGAUGUACAUUGCGAACAUUGGAACGAAAGGGAGCAUGUACAGGCUAAACAAGUGUGCGUUUGAUCUUAUGGCGCUGGGGGAUCUCAUAGGCUCCGAUGCUUGGAGCUAUGUUCUCAGAUAUCUGCGCAUCAAGGCCACCUUCAUGUACUUCGAUUUCGACAAGGUAAUCUCCACCGCUGAACCAAAUGAAAAGCAGCCCCUCACAGACCUUGCCAACAGAUUAUUUGACAACAUUGAACAGCUUGAGGAUGCUGUGAAGAGGAGGAACCUGUCUCUAACCGAAUCGCGGUAUGAAGGCACUCUAGUUCUUCUCCAGGAGGUGAUGAGUAAAUGGCCUAAGAUCCUCAACACUAGUUUUGAAGUCAAAUCUAUGAAGUAAUUGUAAAUGUAUUCCAAUGGCAAAAGUUGUGUUUUUGCUUGUAAAAUGUACUCAGCCUGUGCUUUCAAAUUUACUAUGGCCUCUGCAAUUCCAAGAGCUACAUAUAUAUAUAAAUAUAUAAACAUAAA